GUAUUCUCUCACAUUUUUGCAUCACAUUCGUUUCCUUGAAUCCAAUCCCUCUGUUAGAGAGAGAGAGAAAAAAAGAGAGUAAUAGAGAGAGAAUGUUCCAUGCUAAGAAACCUUCAAGUAUGAAUGGUUCAUAUGAGAACAGAGCUAUGUGCGUUCAAGGCGAUUCAGGCCUCGUCCUCACCACUGACCCUAAACCGCGUUUGCGUUGGACCGUCGAACUCCACGAGCGUUUCGUUGAUGCCGUCGCUCAGCUCGGCGGCCCGGACAAAGCGACACCAAAGACGAUUAUGAGAGUUAUGGGUGUGAAGGGUCUUACUCUUUACCACCUUAAGAGCCAUCUUCAGAAAUUUAGGCUUGGAAAGCAGCCGCACAAGGAGUACGGAGAUCAUUCCACAAAGGAAAGUUCAAGAGCUUCUGCCAUGGAUAUUCAGCGCAACGUAGCUUCUUCUUCUGGCAUGAUGAGUCGCAACAUGAAUGAGAUGCAAAUGGAAGUACAGAGAAGGUUGCAUGAACAGCUGGAGGUGCAGAGACAUUUGCAGUUGAGGAUUGAAGCACAAGGAAAGUACAUGCAGUCUAUAUUGGAGAGAGCUUGCCAAACCCUAGCCGGUGAGAACAUGGCAGCCGCCUCCGGCGGAGGGUUCAAGGGCAAUUUGGGAAGCUCGAGUCUUUCCGCAGCUAUGGGUCCACAUCCUCUUAGUUUCCCGCCAUUUCAGGACCUAAACAUCUAUGGAAACACAACCGAUCAAGUCCUCGACCAUCAUAACUUCCAUAAUCAGAACAUAGAGAAUCAUUACACGGCCAACAAUGCUGCAGACACCAACAUUUACUUGGGGAAGAAGCGACCAAACCCUAGUUUUGGUAACGAUAUAAGGAAAGAACUCUUAAUGUGGUCUAAUCAAGAUCAUGAACCGAUCGAUGAUGAGCAUCGGAUUCAGAUACAAAUGGCUACACAUGUCUCCACGGAUUUGGAUUCUUUGUCAGAAAUUUACGAUAGGAAACCGGGUUUAUCAGGUGAUGAAGGAAACGAUUGUGGGAAAUUAUUGGAAAGGUCAUCGCCUCGAAGAUCACCAUUGAGCCCUAUGAUGAACCCUAAUGCUGGGUUAGUACAAGGAAGGAACUCACCAUUUGAGUGAUACAAUAAUUUAUCAUAAUAUAUGUGAUGCAUGAGAACGUGAGAACAAGAUAUAUUUUGUUCAUUAUGAGCUUGACUUAGGGUUUAGAUAUGAGACAAACAGAAAAAAAAAAUACAAAGAUUGUUAUGUUUACUUGAUCAAUUUUGCUCGUGUUCAAUUUGUACUGAAACUAUAUAAAUCAUUGUUAUUGCUAUAAUAUUUAGGAUAUUAUGUA